UCUCACACGUCAAUAAAUUACACCCUUCUUUCUCUCUAAUGGCAGUUGUAUGAAAGCAUCAAAAAAGAAGAAAAUGAAGUUUCCACAAGCCAUUCCUGUGUUGUUCUUCUUACUCAUAGAUUUUUCCUCUCUAUGUUCUCCAGUACAAUCUCAAGAAACAGCACUUCCCCGCAUGACUUCAGAUGUCGACGAAGUCUCGGGCAAGUCCUUUGACUACAUUAUAGUUGGAGGAGGAACUGCAGGCUGCCCCUUAGCCGCGACUUUGUCUGAGAAGUUCUCGGUGCUUUUGGUCGAGAGAGGUGGUUCGCCGUUUGAAAAUCCUUUGAUAUUGGACAAGAAUCUCUACGGAUUGUCAUUGCUCCAAACCGACAAAUACACUUCGGUUGCUCAAAUGUUUGUCUCGGAGGAUGGUAUUCAGAAUCUGCGAGGAAGAGUUCUUGGAGGGUCAUCUGCCAUAAAUGGUGGAUUUUACAGCAGAGCUAGUGAGGAUUUUGUCAAACAGGCUGGUUGGGAUGAGAAGCUAGUGAAAGACGCUUACAAAUGGGUUGAAUCUAGAGUCGUGUUUACACCCGAAUUGACGCCCUGGCAGACGGUGGCGGAAUUUAGCUUCCUUGAAGCAGGGAUUUUGCCAUAUAAUGGUUUUAGUCUAGAGCAUAUUGAGGGAACAAAGAUUGGCGGGAGUGUUUUUGAUGGACGUGGGAAAAGGCACACCUCGGCUGAGCUUUUAAAGGCAGGGAAUCCAAAAAACAUCAUUGUUCUUUUGAAUGCAACCGUGAAGAGUGUCAUUUUCCGUAGCAAUGGAAACACAACUGAGAAAAUAACUCACGGGAUAAGAUACAUCAAGAGCGAUGGCACUUCUGAUCAAACCUACAGAGCUUAUCUCAACCAUCCAAACAAUCCCAUUUCAUCAGGCGAUGUUAUACUAUCAGCCGGGGCUUUAGGCAGCCCGCAAAUUCUACUGUUGAGUGGCAUUGGCUCUUACAAACACCUAAGGAGUUUCAAGCUUCCACUUAUGGUUGAUCUAAAGGGAGUCGGGCGCGGAAUGAAAGACAACCCCGGCGUCGCCGUUUUGGUGGACUCAGAGCCACAAAAACGACAACCGGAUACACCCCAAGUUGCAGGCAUCACAGAUGACUUCAAUAUCAUAAUUGAAGCAGGAAUACUACCUAUAAGCCUCAAUGCGACAAGGGUUCCAAUUGCAGCCAAACUCGCAUUCCCCUUAUCAAAGGGAAAGCUAGAGUUGAAGAGCAAAGAUCCAAAGGAAAACCCAUCUGUGAAAUUCAACUACCUUGAAAAGGAAGAAGACUCAAAUGGGUGUGUGAGAUUGGUGGAGCUGCUCAAACGAGUUGAGAAGUCUCAAUCCAUUGCUCUCUUCCUUGGGACACAGCACAAGAAAAGCAAUCUGAUGAUGACUUCUGAAGAUGAGGUGAGGAAGUUUUGCAAGAAGAACGCGAGGACUUUUUACCACUAUCAUGGUGGUUGUAUAGUUGGAGAGGUUGUUGACAAGAAUUAUAGAGUUUAUGGUGUUAAGGGACUAAGAGUUGUUGAUGGCUCAACUUUCUCGGAAUCACCAGGCACAAAUCCAAUGGCAACUCUUUUAAUGCUUGGAAGGUACCAAGGGAUCAAGAUUCCUGAGGAAAGAAAAAAUCAUCCUCCAGAUUGCGAUACACCAAGUCCAUAAAUUAACCUCUAAGAGAUCUAAUGGUUUCUUACCAAUUAUACAUAUAUAUAUAUAUAUGUAGAUUUAGACUAUGAAGAUCCAAACUUUGGAACAAAUUCAGUCAGCAACAACAAUCUACCUUUCUGUGUAUUUAAUUGGGUUUAAUUUUGUGAAUCCAAAUAUUAUAUAUCCAA